AGAGUUGAUAGAAUAGAGCGGAAUAGAACGAGCGAGACAUGGUUCAUUAUAGUCAUAGCUAGUGAGACCUUCCUGCCUCUCGCUUUCUUCUCUUCAUUCUCUGCCAAAUUCCCAAUACCAAGCAUUUCCAUUAAUUAUAUCUGUGAUUGGUUCUUCCAUUCUUCUAUUGUUCUAUGCUCCUUCAUUUGUCAUAACCUAUGGCCUUCGCUUCCACUCUUUCUCUCUACUCUCAUCCGCAGGUUCGUCUCCAUCACCAGCGGUUGCAAUCGCUCGCCAUAACCGCCGCCGGCGUCGCUCAAUUAGUACGGCUUCCAACUCUCAAGAGCCGGAGAGCGUGUUCUUCGGGCGCCAAGUUCAGGAGCUUCGUGGUUAGGGCUUCUUCCAGCGUCGAAGGAACUCCGGCACGUGCCACCGCUUCUCGUAGAGUCUAUCGCCAGUCUCAGACUAAUGCGCCACUGUCCAAUGCUCCGGUGAAACAGAUUGGCAACUUUGUUGCUUCCGUUGGCGCGUUCUUCGCCCUUACUUUUGUUAUCUGGAAAGUAGUGGAGAAGCUUCUUGGUCCAACUCAGAAGCAAUUAAAAUCUUCAACUGCAGAAAGUCAAUCCACUUCACAAGGAGUGAAAUGGUCUUUUGCUGCUGGUACGAAUUUGUUAUCCCAGCUUGGCGCGAAGAUUGAGAGACAAUCUAAACAGAAGCUCAAUGAAUUUGCUCGAGAACUGAGGUCAUUUCCAAGCAUUGAUAUGUCAGGGCGCAACUUUGGAGAUGAAGGGUUAUUCUUCCUUGCUGAGAGCUUAGCGUUCAACCAGAUUGCAGAGGAAGUGAGUUUUGCUGCAAAUGGAAUAACCACAGCUGGAUUGAAAGCUUUUGACGGUGUUCUUCAAACAAACACCACAUUGAAAACUCUUGAUCUUUCUGGAAACCUUGUUGGAGACGAAGGGGCUAAGUGUUUGUGUGACAUAUUGGUGAAUAACUCCAGCAUCGAGAAGCUCCAACUAAACAGUGCUGACUUGGGUGAUGAGGGUGCAAAAGCUAUUGCUGAAAUGUUGAAGAAAAAUUCAAGUUUGCGGGUUCUUGAACUUAACAACAACUUGAUUGAAUAUUCUGGAUUUUCAAGUCUGGCUGGAGCACUUCUUGAGCAUAACACUAUACGAAAUAUUCAUCUCAAUGGCAAUUACGGUGGUGCUUUGGGGGCUAAUGCAUUGGCUAAAGCACUUGAGAGCAACAAAUCUUUAAGGGAACUUCAUUUGCAUGGAAAUUCUAUUGGAGAUGAAGGAAUCCGCUCUUUGAUGACAGGACUAUCUUUACAUAAAGGGAAACUUACACUAUUAGACAUCAGCAACAACUCAUUAACAUCUAAAGGUGCGCUCCAUGUUGCUGAAUAUAUUAGAAAGAGCAGAAGCUUGUUAUGGUUGAACCUUUACAUGAAUGACAUUGGUGAUGAGGGAGCAGAAAAAAUUGCAGAUGCUUUAAAGGAAAACCGGUCAAUAACAACAUUAGAUCUGGGGGGAAAUAACAUUCACGUUGAUGGUGUUAGUGCUAUUGCUAAAGUUUUGAAAGAUAAUUUAGUUAUUACCACUUUAGAACUGAGUUAUAAUCCCAUUGGACCAGAUGGAGCCAAGGCCUUGGCUGAAAUUCUCAAGUUUCAUGGAAACAUAAAAACUCUGAAGCUUGGUUGGUGCCAGAUAGGUGCAAAGGGAGCAGAGUUCAUUGCCGAUGCUUUGAAAUACAACACUACCAUCUCAAUUUUGGACUUGCGAGCAAACGGACUACGAGAUGAAGGUGCACAGUGCCUGGCUCGCAGCUUGAAAGUGGUUAAUGAAGCCUUAACCUCUCUAGAUUUAGGAUUUAAUGAAAUAAGGGAUGAUGGAGCUUUUGCUAUUGCUCAAGCACUCAAGUCUAAUGAAGACGUAGCUGUCACAUCCCUCAACAUCGCCAGUAACUUCCUUACAAAAUUUGGGCAGAGUGCUUUGGCUGAUGCACGAGACCAUGUCUUCGAGAUGACUGAAAAGGAAAUCAACAUUUUCCUCUAGAGGACAUUAUAUUUUGCAAUAAAUUCUUGUUAUAAACUAGAGAAUUUUUCUUAGUAUUUUUAUUUUGCAUAUUUGCUGCCGGCAAGUACUGGUAAGAGCUCGUUUACAUCAAUUUUUGAGUUCUAACCAUUCAUUGAGGAAAAGUAUAGAAAUUUGUCAUUGUAAAUUGUUGAUCUUGAAACGCUUUGCAAUAGUUACAUGUAUUCUGUUGUCUGUUAAAUGAUAGAAGUAUGCAUCACUUAUUAUACGCUCGUGCGCGCACAAAUACACAAGUGCUAUAUAUUC